AUGGAGUCGGUUCAACCCUUCGUUUUGGAAGAACACAGCAGAGAGCUGCCUUGUUCGGAUUCGUGGAAGCUAGAGAUUGAGAAUGAAUGGGAUGUUUUAGGACCGUUUCCACAACACGCUAGAGAGCAACAUUUUAGUCUCACAGAGUUGGGACACUAUACUCAUCGAAGAAUAUUCUUCGUCUCUAGUCGUUGGUGGUGUUGUAGGAUGGACAAAGAGAAGAAUGUCAGGCGGAGCAUUAGAAGCUUCGUUCCCAGAAGUUCCGUAAGCAGAACAUAUCUCAGUUCGAUUGAAAGUACUGAAUUUCUUACCAGAUGGAAACAAUUACGCGCCACGGAAGGAUGGUCGAUUUUGCAACAUCAUGCCUUGCUUCACACAAGACUGCGUAUCUCACCACCACCGGGUGCUGGCCCAGAGGUGCAAGUUCCUACGUCCAUCAUAGCCAAUAUUCGACAAGCAUCAUUCUUUGCAAUAAUUCCAGAGGAACAGUAUCCUAACUACACUCCUAAGUGGCACAAUGGCAAUAUUUAUGAUCUUCCAAACUCUCCGGAUCAAAUUAUUGAGCUCCCAAAUUUACCAGAUACGAGCAAGACGACCAUAUAUCACAUCGUCAUAUCAGCUGACUCGGAAAUCAGACUCUUUGGAGAUCCAUUGGAUGUGAAUGGACAAGAAGCUCCAAUACAGCGUAUAAUGAUCGACUUCUUGAUCUCACCAAAUAACCCGGACCCCACUGUGUCUAUAAAUUCAGAGCUUUCCGUGGCUCCGGACUUUAUAGACGGGUGGGCCCUCUCCGAAGGCGUCUUUGGGAUAGGUGUCGUCAGUCACAACAGCUGGUGGGAAGUUUCGACAAUCCAUAUAAAUUCCAUCGUACGUUCCAUUUAG